AUGCAAGAUAUUCCUGCAGAAGGCAAUACCAACUGCGCCACUAACCACAAAAAAGAUUUCAAGCUCAUCACUGGUUUAUGUCCUGUCCAAAAGGGCAAAGUUAUGGACUCAGGUGGAACGCUUGUUGAAAUACUAGCGAUGAUAGAUUCCGGAUCAAACACAAGUCUGCUAUCAAAGAAUGCAGCCGAACGACGUGGAAUAGCUGGGACAGUUACCCAUCUUACUAUGAAUCUAGCAGGUGGAGAGAAGAGGUCUGAAGCUUCAGAAAUCAUCGAGAUCACUAUUGCCUCGACCAUAGAAGAGGAUAUCAGAAAGACACUGGAAGUAUACACUAUAAAGAAACCUUGUAGUGCCGCGAAGACGAUUUCGAAGGGAACUAUUGAACACUUCCCUCAUAUCUUGGAAGUGUUUCAUCGUUCCUUCUCAUUCCAAGGCAUUCUUGGAAUGCCUUGGAAUGAGAAUGGACCCCCAAAACGCAGCAAUUAUGACAUUGCCCUCAAAAGAAUGCAGUCUGCCGAGAAAUCGUUCCAGAGAAAAGGAUGCUUCGAAAUCGUAAAUGAGGAAGUCCAAAAGCUCUUGCACCAAGACUUCAUAAUUAAAGUUCCUACAGAAGAAGUUGAUCACAGCCAACCUGAAUGUUAUCUGCCGUUACAAGUAGUCUUCACACCAGAGAAAACCACUAAGGUCCGCCUUGUUUUCGAUGCGUGUUCAAAGGGUCACGACGGUCUUUCCCUGAACAAUCACCUUGAGAAAGGACCUAAUUACAUUAACAGUCUUCCCAAUGUACUUAUGGGCUGGCGGUGGAACGAAGUGGCUUACUCGGGUGAUAUCCGAAAAAUGUUUAAUCAAGUCCUACUGAACCCUGACGACCAAGUUUUCCAUAGGUUCUUGUGGAGAAGCGACAAAGGCAAGUUUCAAAUUAAGGCGUGGCACUCCAACUGCUCGGAAAUCGAUCAGUCUAGCGGUGAAAGAUUUACAGAUCUGCUUGGCCACAAAUGGGAUAAAGAAGAAGAUAAGUUUACCUUCAAGAAAGAAAACAUGGUUGGCCUAUUGGAGGGCUUCUGCCAAAGAAACUGCCUGAAAUUUCUCGCUCAACUCUGGGAUCCCACCGGACUUGUUUCACCCGUUACUAUCAAGUUCAGAAUUGAUCUGCAAGCGCUAUGGAGUUCAGGUUACAGCUGGGACGACAUCCUUCCCGAGAGUAUUCAGCAAACAUGUUUGACCGCAAGCUCCGAUGGUGGGGAACAGGCUUAUGGUGCAGUAAUCUUCCUACGAUGGAAACUUACUGGUGGAGACUACCAAUGUGUUCCAGUCAUGAUAAAGGCUUUCGUCGCACCGCUGAAGAAGAAAAGCAUCCCGAGACUAGAACUGUUGGGCUUUUUAGCACUUGUAAUGUACGUUACAUGUGUAAAGGCCUUGGACUUGACAAAAGCCCAAGACUGGGAAAGAUUCUUCUGGGUCGAUUCAACAACCGUUUUGUCCUGGUGGUCGGAGGGACCAUCCUUCCUAAAGUUGCCAGAAGAAAAAUGGCCCACCUUUCAAGACCACACCCAAGUUAACGCUCACGUGGACGACCUCGAAGCAAUAAAAGAGAAGAAAGCAUUUCGAAAAGAGAAGAAAGCCAGGAAACAUUACAAUGCUUUCGCAGAAGUAUGCCCUGAACUAAAUCAGCCUGAAUCUGAAGGAAAUCCUAUCCUUUCACAUUUGCUGAAAAGUUGUUCUACGUACUCCAAAAUACGGAGAACUCUUGCCUACGUCCGUCGUUUUAUUCGUAACGCACGAAAAAUGAGCCCGAAGUCAGGACCCAUUUCAGUUCCGGAACUGAAGGCAGCCGAGGCCCGUCUUCUGAAGUGGAGUCAAUUUCUGAAGUGGAGAUUGGAUAAGAAACUGGUGGCAAAGAAGGGUGAAGACGGCCUCCUUCGUGCGCAUGGUCGCCUUGAAGUUAUCAGAUCUCUCCCUGAAGAAUUGAGAAAGCCUAUUAUCUUACCACAAGACCACCCGUUUGUAAUCUUGCUUCUGCGUGCUCUCCACGAACGACGUGGGCACUGUGGCUAUAAGAGUUUAAUGCACGAGGCCAGAAAAAGAUUUUGGAUCAUUGGACUCCGCAGAAUGGCUAAGACGGUGACCUCAAAGUGUGUCACAUGCAGAAAACUACGGAACAGGCCCCUCAACCAGCUCCUGAGACAGAUUCCAAACCUAAGAGUAGCAGCUGGCUUCCCGGCAUUUUCAACCACUGCCAUGGACAUGUUCGGACCAAUACAGAUUAAGCUCGGCCGCAAGACUCUAAAAGAGGACCAAGUGAUCUUCUUCACCUGUACGACAUCACGUGCGAUCCAUCUAGAACUGGUCACUGAUAAAACCUCAGAUGCAUUCUUGAUGGCCUUUCGACGAUUUGCCUGCCUUCGGGGAUACCCCAGUGUAUGCUGGUCAGACCAUGGAACACAUCUUGUGGGUGCCCAAGGUUACCUAAGGGAAACCACACAGAACUGGGAUUUUCCUAAGAUAAAGAGUGUCCUCUCCGAUAAAUUUGGCUGCGAGUUCAGAUGGGAGUGGAACCCACCACAUGCGAGUCACCAAAACGGAGUUGUUGAAACCCUAAUUAAGUCAGUCAGACAAGCACUUAACGCCACUUGCAAGAACCAAGCCUAUUCUGAGGAACAAUGGAGAACAUUCUUGUCAGAAGUUACCUUCCUAGUCAACGGACGACCGCUGUACCCCAUUUCCGAUGAUAUCUGGGAAGUUCCACCGAUCACUCCCAACGACCUUCUUCUAGGCCAUCACAAUCCACCGCCACAGCCAGAACCAGAGGAAAGAACCAAUCCGCGACAAUUACUCAGAAGCACACAAAACAGAGUCGCUGAUUUCUGGAGGAGUUGGAUGAAGAACUUCAACAGUGAAGAAGGGAAGAAAGGCAAGUGCCAUAUGUUUAUGUACUUGUGUGAGCAGGUAGCCCAAUGGGAGGAUAAACUUAUUUCAGCCAAUUGA